AGAUUCUCGUAAUCGUUCAAAGAAUCGCUACGGUGAUGUUCUCUGCUACGAUGCUUCUCGUGUCCACUUGCCCAGCUGCCAUGACGAUUUUUCAAAAUGUCCGUUUGCGGCGAAGCGUAACCCAUCGCAGCCCUCGCGUGAUGGCAUUCGUGACUUCCCUGAGACGCGCACAGAAUCUGAAUGUCGCCGUACCAAGUCGAUCGGCGGCUCAUGCUUCUCGAGAAGUGGCAUUGGCAGUGGCCACACAGCCCCUGGAAGCACAGGUUUUGGCUUUAAUCUUGGCAUCUCUGCUCUCUCCAAAUUAAGGCAUGAGUCAAGCGCCGACAAUUAUUUAGCCUCAUUUACUUCUAUUUGGAAUUCUAAAACGAAUGGAGUGAGUGAACUUGAAAGACAACCCAUUAUGAAGGCUAAAAAAGAGAACGAUGAUACGAAGGUUCAGCAACCUAUUAUGAGGCCUCGUCAGGCACAGAGUUCUCAUCAAAAUCUUCCCAGCUGUCCAUUCACCUGCGAUUACAUCCAUGCGAACUGGGUUGACAGUUAUCGCCAGAAAAAUGCAUUCAUUUGUACUCAAGGUAAGAUUUGCUUAUUCAUACUUUGCUUUAAUACUGCUUGA